UUGUGAAAACGUUUCCAGACAUAUUGUAGUUGAGACGGGAUGCUGAAGGCGAAGUUACUAUGAUGUCGACAACAGUAGCAGCCCUACUCUUCGCCUUCAUCGGCGGUGUUCUCGCACAGCGACCCAAUAUUGUAUUCAUCGUCGCAGAUGAUCUAGGCUGGAAUGAUGUUGGCUUCCGGAACCGUGACAUGCUGACACCUAUUAUGGACAAAAUGGCGCGAGAUGGUGUGAUACUGGACAGGAACUAUGUACAGCCGCUGUGCAGUCCCUCCCGAAGUGCAUUUAUGUCUGCGGUUUUUCCCUUCAAAUCUGGUCUUCAGCAUCAAGUCAUUGGAGCUAAACAAUCAGUCUGCCUGCCCCUCAACUACACCAUCCUCCCACAGGAGCUGAAGAAACUCGGCUACGCCACACACAUGGUUGGCAAAUGGCACCUGGGUUUCUGUGAGUGGGGAUGCACACCAACAUACCGGGGCUUCGAUACUUUCUUCGGCUACUAUAAUUCAAAGGAGGACUAUUACUUGCAUAAUAUUUCCGGGUUUUUAGACUUCAGGAACAAUAAGGAAGCGGAAUGGGAUUACCAAGGGACAUAUUCAGCGUGGGUGUUCACAGAGAAGAUCGUUGACGUCAUCAACACCCAUGACAAGAGCCAACCACUGUUCCUGUAUCUGCCCUUCCAGAACGUUCACGCCCCGACAGAGGUCCCCAAGAUAUAUGAAGAUAGGUUCCCACAUGUUGUGAAUAAGGGAAGGCGUGUGUUCAGUGGUAUGGUGAAUGCCCUUGAUGAAGCUAUAGGGAACGUGACUGACGCCUUGAAGGAGAGAGGGCUGUAUGACAACACACUGUUCCUGCUCACAGCUGAUAACGGAGGGGAGAUAUUUAGUCACGGCAACAACUGGCCCCUGAGAGGAGGCAAGCACUCUCUGUGGGAGGGGGGUACGAGGGUGACGGCGUUCAUGUCGGGGGCGGGACUCCAGAAGACGGGCUACACGUAUGAUGGAAUGAUCCACGCUGUAGACUGGCUACCGACUUUGGUUUCCGCCGCCGGAGGAACGCCGGUGACCGACAGAGACGGGAUAGAUCAGUGGGACUCUAUCAGGAAUGGCCUCCCGUCCAAGAGAACAGAGUUCAUCUACAAUCUUGACUACCUUGUUAUACCGAAAGAAGGCCAAGCUGGCAUCAGGAUGGGCAAUUACAAACUGCUGCUUGGUUACCCUGGACAACAAGAUGGCUGGCACCGUCCCAUGAACAACACUGAAGAUGAUAUAUACGAAGAAAUAAUUUAUGACCUUGACCCUGAUAAAGCACAGUUAUUUGAUGUAAUAGCGGACCCCACAGAGCGACAUGACCUGUCCUCCCAACUACCAGACGUUGUUGCAAAGCUGAAGUCUCGCCUUCUGGAGUACCGAAAGCAGAUGGUACCCCCCAACUUCCCCGACCCCGAUCCACAGUCCAACCCCAUGAAGUAUGGCAACGCUUGGACGCCUGGCUGGUGCAAACUCUAAGAAUGUGUCUCUUCAUAAUUCUUCAUGUCGCGUAACGAGCUUGAACAAGACGUACAAGCUUUCAUCAUCGAAACAUGUUUGCAGUCUGAAUAUACAUACAGUAAACUACGGUUAUAACGAACUCACAGGGACCACUAAUUUUAGUUCGUUAUAACCGUAGUUCGUUAUAAGCAUAUACAGAAUAUGUACAGCAAAUGGUCAGGACAAACAAAUAAGUUCGUCAUAUCCGUCAGUAAGCAUGUUCGUUAUAAACGUAGUUUUCUGUACACGCAUGUUUGCUUGAUCAUAAAUCAGUGCGGGUUGCUUUAAAUGUUCAAUGUACUAACGGAGUACCGUUAUAUGCGACUGUAGCAAUACAUAACCGCAGCGAUUUCAAUUAUCGUCUGUGGAUCUAUAAUUUAGUUACUGGCUAAAAUUGAGUGUGAAAAAAACGAACUGAAUAGAAUUGUAAUAGCGGUAGUCUUUUCAUUAUUCUCUGGCGUCUCACACAGACACACAGACACAGACACAGACACACACACACACACACACACACACACACACACACACACACACACACACACACACAAAUAAAAUAUAACCAGAGUUGUCUCCCUUGGUAAACAAGCCAGUGCAACGAACGCUGAUAUUCUAAAGGACAUCUCUUUCCAAUAGCAAUGCGAAGGGUGGGUAUUCCAGAAAACCAAUGAUCCCAAACAAAACAGAGCGAAGCAUUCUCGGGAAUGGUUUAAGGAGCAUGAUGUUACACUCCUGGAAUGGCCCAGCUAAAGUCCGGGCCUGAACCCGACU